UUUAUUUAUUUUUCAUUUUGGCAUGGAAUAUCGUCAAUAAUUUUACUAGUCUCGUUUGAAAAUUAAACUCAAAAGCAUCAUUGUAGCGGUAUUUCUCAUUCCCAGUACAGUAGCUGUAAUUCAUGCAAGCUCUUUUCUGUGUUAUUCACACACCAAUUCUAGGUGGCGCCUCCACGAUCACUAAUCCUGCAUGUGCUUCUCUGCGCCCCUCUUGCACGGGUGGCGCUCUUGCAUUGUUUUGAAGGCGGCUCUGCUCCUGCGCAGCCCCUUUGACAAUCUGCAGGGUCUGCGCAGACUCUGAGUCCAGAGAUGCGUCUCCUCUGUUGUCAGAUCCGGCUGCGGUCACGCAGGUUGCCGAGCUUGGACAGGGUGUGCGCGCAGACCAGUGUCGUUAAACGUGGGACCUGCGCAGACUCUCAAAAGGCUGCGCGACAUGAACGCGCCCAGCGGCUUUGGAAUUGAGCAUGCGCAUUAGAAAGCAGAGCCGGUGGAAACUGGCGCCAUUUCGGAUCGGCGCGGUGUCAGCAUUGCAUAGAACACAGCGCGCAAAGAGCCAACAUGGAGAACUCUGCCAUCCAGCUUCAUAACCGCGUCGAGCCGCCCUCGCUUCCACAGGGAGGCCAGCCAAGGAUACGCGCCGAAUCAUCCAGGCACGCCUUCUGCUGGGACGCUUUCAUUACAGCUCCGGACAGAGAGAGGGCUGCUUUGUGUACCUGGAGAGAGGUGGCUGCAGGCGCUGCUGAUUUGCCGAGACCAGUCUGCCACUAAAACCAGUGAAGAUGGACGUCAGUGUCUCCGUGUCGUUCUUUCAAGAGCAGCUCGCCUCUCCCGUCGAGCGCGCAGUGAAAGCGGCUGUAGACUCCGUCCUGCGGGAAAUUACUGAAGUUGUCGGCAGCAGAUUCACUGAGUUCCGAGUGGAAAUGACUGCAAUGAAGAGAGAGAAUGAAAGUCUGAAGCUGAGACUGGAAAUAUCAGAGAGCGAGCUGAGAGCCGUGCGAGGGUGUAUAAACACUGCAGAUACAGACAUUAAACAGCCUUUCAUAUUUCAGGAUCCCAGAGAGAGCAACGCUAUCCCUGAAUCUGAAGCACAGGAGGAGCCAAAGAUAGAAGCAGUUUCCACACAAGAGGAGUCAUUUGAGCAGGAGUGCUGUGCAAGUCUAAUGCAGGUUACAGAGCUGCUGUUUGUUAAAGAUGAAGAGGUCCCUCAACAGGAAUGUGCUCCUAUCAAAGAGGAGUUCAUAGAGCAGGAAUGUGUCCCCAUCGCAGUGGAACUUCCUGCUGAAUAUAAUGCAUGUACACUUGAAGAGAACUACAAGCUGGGAUCCAGCCUGUGUGUUGAUUCUCCAUCUGAAUGUGAACUGGGAUUUAGAGCUUCUAAAGUAGCUGAAGGAGAAUACGACUCCACUCCAUCAGCCCAGUGCAAAAACUCUUCUAGUGGCAAACCACAGUGCAAGAAGCUCAGAGAAACGACAGCCCAAGAAGAGUAUGUGAAGAUGUUAAGAACUCGCUCCAUUAAAAUCCCUUCUUUACAAGACAGACCCCCUCUUACUGUGGAGAGUACAGAGACACCACAUUCUGCAUGUUUUAACAGUUCUGAAACCCAGGGCAAAUUGAAGACCUUGCCUCGUUCUGUUAAAGAUCCCAGAGAGAGCCACGCUAUCCCUGAAUCUGAAGCACAGGAGGAGCCAAAGAUAGAAGCAGUUUCCACACAAGAGGAGUCCUUUGAGCAGGAGUGCUGUGCAAGUCUAAUGCAGGUUACAGAGCUGCUGUUUGUUAAAGAUGAAGAGGUCCCUCAACAGGAAUGUGUUCCUAUCAAAGAGGAGUUCAUAGAGCAGGAAUGUGUCCCCAUCGCAGAGGAACUUCCUGCUGAAUAUAAUGCCUGUACACUUGAAGAGAACUACAAGCUGGGAUCCAGUCUGUCUGAUGAUUCUCCAUCUGAAUGUGAACUGGGAUUUAGAGCUUCUAAAGUAGAUGAAGGAGAACACGACUGCACUCCAUCAUCCCAGUGCAAAAACUCUUCUAGUAGGAAACCACAGCGCAAGAAGCACAGAGAAGCGAUACACCAAGAAGAGUAUGUGAAGACAUUGAGAACUCGCAUCAUUAAAAUCCCUUCUUUACAAGACAGACCCCCUCUUACUGUGGAGAGUACAGAGACACCACAUUCUGCAUGUUUUAACAGUUCAGAAACCCAGGGCAACUUGAAGACUUUGCCUCAUUCUAUUAAAGGUGGGAAGAGUUCCUGUCAAUUAGACUUUCCUGAAACUCACAAGGGGAAUCACACAGGAAGGGCUACAUUUUCAUGUGGUGAUUGUGGGAAGAGUUUCAAUCAUUUAUCACUACUUAAAAGACACCAGCACAUUCACACAGGAGAGAAACCUUCCCACAUACAGUCCAGUGAUAAGAGUUCCACAAAGUUAGAAAAUCUUCAUUCACACCAGCGCAUUCACUGCACUGAUUGUGGGAAAACAUUCAGUCGCACAGGAAACCUUAAAAAACAAAAGGUGGUUCACACAAGAGAGAAACCUCAUCACUGUGCUGCUUGUGGGAAGAGAUUCAGCCAGUUUGGAAACCUUAAAAUCCACCAGCGCAUUCACACAGGAGAGAAACCUCAUCACUGUGCUGUUUGUGGGAAGAGAUUCAGCCGGUUUGGAGACCUUAAAAGACACCAUAAAAUUCAUACAGGAGAGAAACCUCAUCACUGUGCUGUUUGUGGGAAGAGAUUCAGCCAGUUUGGAAACCUUAAAAUCCACCAGCGCAUUCACACAGGAGAUAAACCUCAUCACUGUGCUGUUUGUGGGAAGAGAUUCAGCCAGUUUGGAGACCUUAAAAGACACCAUAAAAUUCAUACAGGAGAGAAACCUCAUCACUGUGCUGUUUGUGGGAAGAGAUUCAGCCAGUUUGGAAACCUUAAAAUCCACCAGCGCAUUCACACAGGAGAGAAACCUUAUCACUGUACUGAGUGUGGGAAGAGAUUCAGUCACAUAGGAAGCCUUAAAAACCACAAAGCUAUUCACAUAGGAGAGAAACCUCAUCACUGCGGAGCUUGUGGGAAGAGAUUCAACCAGUCUGAAGACCUUAAAAGACACCAUAAAAUUCACACAGGUGUGUAAUCCUCUCCCUGCUCUUAAUGUGUGAAGAGGGUAAGUCAGUUGCAGGCUCUUACAGGACUCGAGAACUUUCUCAGAAGUGCAGACACUUGAACAACAGGAGGAUAUUUUACUAAAUACAGAAAUAUUUACUGAAAACAAAAACUAAACCUGCUUGAUAAACAGAUUCUUAACUAUCUAUGAGGACACCAGGGUCGAUCCUCGCUUGUUUUUUUGCAUCAUCAAUGCUGAAGCUCAUGUAAAAAUUCUGCUAAAGUACAAAAGACUCCUUCAUUUUC